AAACCGGAGUUUGGAAUACGUGUCGAUUUGCGUUCGUUAUACACACAGUCAAUCGCGCCAGUAAAGACCAUUUAAUAGCACUCCUCUCUUCCUGUACGUCUUUUUUUCUGUCCGCCCGUUUUGGUUCAUCUCGGUUCCUGACAACAACAGCAACAACAACAAUUACGACAAAGACGAAAGAGGACAAGACUUACAAACAUUGCGUUUUCUUGAUUUAAUUCUUCUUUCGUUGCUUUUUUGGUUCCCAUCUAUUUUUACCAAUCGCCCUUUCAACAAAAAACCGACAGCUUCUUUUUUUUUCAUCAUCCAACCCUGUUUUGCUUUGAAAUACUAUGAGCUACGUUAAACGAGACGAAGACGCCGUCGCUAGCGAGAUUGGCCUCUUUUAUCACCUCGACAAAACCACCGUGUUACAAGAAGCUCGCGUGUUUAACGAUUCUCCUGUCAAUAUCAGAAAAUGCCGAGUGUUAUUGACCAAACUUGUAUAUCUCUUGUAUUUGGGUGAACCCUUCACGACCAAGGAAGCUACGGAUCUAUUCUUUAACGUGAUCAAAUUAUUCCAGUCCAAAGACACGUCGUUACGUCAAAUGAUGUAUCUUGUCAUUAAGGAACUGUCCAACGUGGCCGAGGACGUGAUUAUGGUUACCCAGUCGUUGAUCAAGGAUAUCCAGUCCAAACAGGAAACUGUCUAUCGUGCCAACGCAAUCCGGACCUUGUGCCUGAUCACCGACCAUUCUAUGAUCCAAGGUAUUGAGCGUAUUCUUAAAGCAUCUAUUGUCGACAAGGUACCUUCCGUUUCUUCAGCAGCACUCGUUUCCUCCUAUCACUUGUACGACGUGGCCAAAGAUAUUGUCCGUCGAUGGUCCAACGAAGUGCAAGAGGCUGUAAACGCCAAAUCAUCGUCGUCCGGCUUUGCAUCCAGCUAUAUUUCCAGCUUUGGCGGCAAUAGCGCCAACAACCAGUCUCCGGUUGUCAUGUCCAACAGUAGCAUCUGUCAAUACCAUGCAUUGGGCUUGUUGUAUUUGAUCCGUCAGCAUGAUCGUAUGGCUGUUGCUAAAUUGGUUCAGACCUUUGCUGGAUCGCGUAGCGGCGGCGGAUUUUUGGGCGGCGGCGGUGGUGGCGGUAGCGCUUUGAAGAACCCCGCUGCUGUUUGCUUGUUGAUCCGAUAUGCAUGCAAGGUUAUGGAAGAGGAUCCAAGUACCACACGUCGUAUGUAUGAGAUUUUGGAAGGAUUCUUAAAGCACAAGAGCGAAAUGGUGAAUCUUGAAGCUGCAAGAGCUAUUUGUGAGAUGCCUGAUAUGUCAUCUAAGGAAUUAUAUCCUGCCAUCACUGUAUUGCAACUCUUCUUGUCAUCACCAAAACCAACCUUGCGAUUUGCCGCGAUCCGCGUCCUCAACAAAUUGUCUCUUGCCAACCCUGCUGCCGUUUCACCUUGCAACUUGGAUAUGGAGAACCUUAUUACCGACCGCAACCGCAGCAUUGCUACAUUUGCCAUCACAACCUUGCUCAAGACUGGUAACGAGGCUUCUGUGGAUCGCUUGAUGAAGCAGAUCUCUGGAUUCAUGAGCGAUAUCUCGGAUGAAUUCAAGGUGAUCGUUGUGGACGCUAUCCGCUCGCUCUGCUUAAAGUUCCCUGCUAAGCAGGCUGUCAUGCUGAACUUUUUGAGCAGCGUCUUGCGCGACGAAGGAGGUUACGAUUUCAAGAAGGCUGUUGUCGAGGCUAUAUUCGAUAUGGUCAAGUUUAUCACUGAUAGCAAGGAUACAGCUCUUUCACAUUUGUGUGAAUUUAUUGAAGAUUGUGAAUUCACCAAACUCUCAGUCCGUAUCUUGCAUCUGUUGGGCGUUGAGGGACCAAAGACGCCCACUCCUACAAAGUACAUUCGCUACAUUUACAAUCGUGUUAUUCUCGAAAACUCGGUGGUCCGUGCUGCUGCUGUCAGCGCACUGGCCAAAUUUGGCGUCUGUGUAGAAGAACAAGGUGUCAAGACCAGCAUCCGUGUUCUUUUGACUAGAUGUCUGGAUGAUGUGGAUGACGAAGUCCGUGAUCGUGCCGCCUUGUAUCUCUCUUUGAUGGAUAACAGUGAUGUUGCAAAGACCUUGAUUCAAGAUGAUGCUACUUUCGCAUUGCCGACUUUGGAACGUCAGCUUGUCGAAUAUGUUAAUGCUCCUAUGGCAAAUGAUCAAGAGUUCGAUUUGGCCUCUGUGCCCGUGAUCAGCAAAUCCGAAGAGGAGGAAGACCGACGACGUCUCCGGGCACAAGACAUCUUGCCUAUCGCUGCUGUUGGUGGCAGCGGUGCAAACACCAACCGCACCAACUCGCCUGCUGCUCCAGCAACGCCUACACCUGGCAUCAACGGCAAUGCCGCCAACAACGUCAGCUCUCUCGAUCAACAAGCCGUUUAUGCCGAAGAAUUGGCAUCCAUCUCCGCUUUUGCUUCAUUCGGCUCUCUGUUCAAGAGCUCUGCCAAACCUAUUGAGCUUACUGAAAGCGAGACCGAAUACGUCGUACACUGUGUUAAGCAUUCAUUUGCCAACCACAUUGUGUUCCAAUUCAACUGCACCAACACACUCAACGACCAAUUGCUUGAAAAUGUGCAAAUGAUCAUGCAGCCCGAGAUGGAUGAUAUGGGUCUGACGCAGGUCGCUGAAAUACCUGCUGAUAGACUCGAAUACAAUGUCCCCAAUGCCAUUUAUGUCGCCUUUGAGCAACAAGAUUACGCCGUUGGCUCGUUCACGUGUACACUGAAGUUUGACGUCAAGGAUUGUGAUCCUACCACCGGCGAGGCUGAUCCUGAAGGAUACGAUGAUGAGUACCAGGUCGAGGAUGCUGAAGUGUUGAUGGGUGAUUAUAUCCGUCCCACAUACGUGUCGAAUUUCACAGAGGAAUGGGAACAGGGUGCAGCAAGUGAAGCAAUAGAAACAUUUGCAUUAGACAAAGAUAAGGCUCCUAGCCUCAAAGCUGCCUGCACAUCGAUCCGCCAAUUGCUUAGUAUGCAAGCACUUGAAGACACAGGCUUACCCAAGAGCAAUGCUGUACACACAUUGCUUCUGGCAGGCACAUUUUUGGGUGGCGCCAAGGUUUUGGCACGAUGUAGGAUGACUUUUGAUACCACGUCCGGAGUGGCAUUUGAGCUGGCAGUCCGGAAUUCGCAGGAGGACGAUCAAAUAUCCCAAGUUGUACUUUCUGCCAUUGCUUAAAAACAUUAUAGUAUAUUAGACUAAAUCCUUUCCCACCCCCAAACCCCCAUCAUGAAAAAAAAGGAAUAUUAUAACCAUCCAAAUCAACUUUCCCCCUCUUCUCGCCAAUAUCAUGCUUUUAAAGAGAACUUGAAAUCUUACUAAUAGAUCGUUAGUUUUUCUUUAUCAUCAAGAAAUGCUGUAAUCGCUACUACUACCAUUUUAUUUCUUUGCU